CGGAGACAUUUUGUGCGGAAGCAUCCGAAUAAACACCACGAGGGAAGCCGAAAGCGGUGGCGAGACCAGGUCAUGGAACGCGAGAGGAAGCGGUACGAGGGCGUCUGGGCCGCAAAUAAAGGAAGUCAGGUGCUGAACUCCCAUGGUUCGGGCGGCGGAGUGCAGAAGAAUAUCACCGGAAUCAAUGGGCCGGAGAACGAGGUGCUAAAUGUGGCGGUGAGAGAGAUCUGGGGUCGGAGUCGGCUUCCUGCCGAUGUGCUGGCAGAAGUUUGGGAGCUUGUGGAUAGCAGGCAAAUUGGGUGCCUGACAAGAGAGGAGUUCGUUGUCGGCAUGUGGCUCGUGGAUCAGCGGUUGAAAGGUAGGAAGCUGCCUCCCAGCGUAAGCGACAGCGUGUGGAGUAGUGUG